GUCUGCUUCAAUGCAUUAUGAUGAGGGUUAAUUACCUCACUAUCCAAGGAUAACUUAGGCCUUUACUCUCUAUAAAAGAGCAUGUUUACACACUAAACAUACACAUAGGAAAACUCAGAGAUGAGUUAUUUUACCGAUAGAAAGCCACAUGCUGUGUUGACUCCAUAUCCACUUCAAGGCCAUAUCAACCCUUUGUUCAAACUAGCAAAGCUGCUUCACCUCAAAGGCUUUCACAUAACCUUUGUUCACACUGAAUACAACCAUAAGCGCUUGCUCAAAUCAAGAGGUCCCAACGCCCUUGAUGGCCUCCCUGGCUUUCGCUUUGAGACCAUCCCAGAUGGUCUUCCCCCCAUGGAAGGCGGCGGUGGUGGUGGUGAUGUUAGUCAAGACGUAAUAUCUCUUUGUGAAUCAAUCACAAAGAACUUCCUCCCCCACUUUAAUGACCUUCUUGCUAGACUUAACAACUCGGCCAAUGCUGGUCUUAUACCCCCAGUUAGUUGCCUAGUUUUUGAUUGUUCCAUGACCUUUACUAUGCAAGCUGCUGAAGAACUUGCACUACCAAUAGUUCUCCUUUGUUCAGCAAGUGCAUCUACUUUCCUGUCCGGUUUCUACUUUCGUACAUUGUUUGAGAAAGGUCUCAUACCGCUCAAAGAUGAGAGUUAUCUAACAAAUGGAUAUUUGGACACUAAAGUAGAUUGGAUUCCAUGUAUGCAAAACUUUCCACUCAAGGAUCUGCCUAGCUUUAUAAGGACAACAGAUGCAAAUGAUUUUAUGGUAGAAUUUAUCAUUGAAGUGGCAGCUAGUGUUCACAGAGCCUCUGCUAUUGUUUUCAAUACUUCUAAUGAACUUGAGAGUGAUGUCAUGGAUGUCCUCACCUCUAAGUUUCCUUCUCUUUAUGCCAUUGGCCCUUUCCCUUCAUUUUUAAAUCAAAUUCCGCAUAACCAAUUGGCACCUUUAGAUUCCAAUCUUUGGAAAGAAGAUACCAAGUGUCUCCAAUGGCUUGAAUCCAAGGAACCCAUGUCCGUUGUUUAUGUGAAUUUUGGCAGCAUUGUAGUUAUGACUCCAGAGCAACUCUUGGAGUUUGCUUGGGGUUUGGCCAACAGCAAGAAAUCCUUUUUGUGGAUCAUUAGGCCUGAUCUUGUCAUUGGUGGCUCCGUGAUUCUGUCAUCUGAGUUUGUCAAUGAAACUUCAGAUAGAGGCCUAAUAGCAAGCUGGUGUCCACAAGAGGAGGUGCUGAACCACCCUUCAAUUGGUGGAUUCUUGACUCAUUGUGGAUGGAACUCAACCAUUGAAAGCAUCUGUGCAGGAGUGCCAAUGUUGUGUUGGCCAUUUGUUGCCGAUCAGCCAACAAACUGUAGGUAUAUUUGCAAUGAAUGGGAUAUUGGGAUUGAAGUUGAUACAAAUGUGAAGAGAGAGGAGGUGGAGAAUCUGAUCCAUGAAUUGAUGGUGGGAGAUAAAGGAAAGAAAAUGAGGCAAAGAACCAUGGAGUUAAAGAAGAAGGCAGAGGAAGACACUAGACCUGGUGGUUGUUCAUACAUGAACUUGGACAAAUUGAUUAAGGAAGUGUUACUUAAAAAUAAAUAGAUUAAAGUGUUUUAAUUAUGCAGGGAAAAUGCUUUUUAGUAUGAAAGGUGUUUUUCUGAUUAAUGUGCUCGGCUGAGACAAACUGCAUGGUUCUGCAGAUAUUUGCAAAACAAAUUUUAAAUAAAACCCACCCAUGUAUUGCAACA